AUGUACGAAGACGUGAACACAAGCCGAGACUACGUAUCUCCUGAGCAAGAAGAUGAGGAGCGGUCCAGCUUCAAGUUAUCCGAAGAAGAUGGCUUUUUAUCUGACCGCAAAGUGGACAGGUCGCAACAACCGUGUUCAAGCUUCCUUUGGCGGGAAUGGCGUGGAUACGUGCUUUUCUCAGUCAUAUGGAUAGUUCUGUUACUUAUCUCAGUCGUUUUGUCGAGAUAUACCGUCACUGAAGCUAAAGUUAGCAUUGCUAACGUUCUCCCUACUGAAUUACAACCUUUACAAUCAGUAUUGAAGACCGAGAAAAUCCGCUUUUCCGGUAGAUUGGUAUAUGAUGAUAAUGGAACUCUAGUUCAGGAAUAUUGGGAUCCUGACAGCCCUAAAUAUACGGGUGAGCCGAGCGAUGAGCUGGAUCAGCGUUGGGAUGAUCUUUUCAGUGAUGACGGGGUUGAUCUCCGUGGCGAUGAAGCGGAUACAAUCCGCGAUCAGACUUUUGAAAAGCCUGGCGGGUGGUCAACCGUGGGAAUUGAUGUAUUUCAUCAGAUACACUGCUUGAACAUGCUGCGUAAAGGACUGCGUCGGGAUUAUUAUACGAAGCACGACAAAGAGGAAACAUACACAAUCCACCUGAAUCAUUGUUUGGAUUAUCUCAGACAAGUUGUUAUGUGCAACGUGGAUGUGACCCCUCGCCCUGUCCACUGGGACAAUAACAAGAACCGGCCUAUAUCGGAAUUUGAGGUGGAGCAUACAUGUAGAGACUUUUGGAGCGUAAGGGAGUGGGCUAGGGAGCGAAGUGGGCACAAGCACAAGUUCAAGGCUGAUGGUUCCGUUUGA